UCAGGCCUCGUCAUCUCUGGGCCAGUGCCGCUUGCCGAUACGCUCCGAGGCCAAUAACUAUCCAGGCUCUAUUAUUAGCCGCGAACUCGAUCCGCACAAGUAAGUAUGAAGAACUCGAUGUUUGGAGAGCUUGCCACUGGUGCCACUGUGAUGCUGGGAGGCUGUGAGGCUCGGAGGGAAGUUGUGGCACGGAUGGAGUUUUGAGAAAGUGGCUUGGCGGAGUUGGCGGCUUGGCGUCGGGUCGGGUGUUGUCGCUGUGAAGACUAACAUUAUCUGCAGAAGUCACAAAGUCACAAUUCGAGAGCAUUAUCAGUGACAGUUCGAAGAUGUUGCGCAUAAUACAGUAAAACCCAGCACUCAGUAGAAGCCAUAUCGGUUGUAUCCACCACUGGUGACGUUCACCCAACGCAACGCGUGCACUUCGCAUCCAGUUAUGCCAUCCCCAUCAUCCUCUUCAAUCACCCUACGCUCGCCAUCCAGCUCCAGCUCCAGCUCCGCCUCCACGGCUCCUUCACCCAUUCCACCACCGUCCCUCAGCUGGCUCGAAGGGACAUGGAACGUCACACACUCCACACUUCCCAUGUGGAAGAAGAACCGCAACGUACAGAUCACCUACAGGCGCAUCGCUAACACCUCCCCACCCCAACUGGACGACACAGUCACCUACCAAGCCCUGGGGGGUUCCUCGAACAUAAAAACCGUGCACGGCGUGGACAAACCCUUUCAUGUCCCGGAUAUCACCACGCCACCGAGCACCGGUACUCACGACGACGGCGAUCCCAAAGCCAGUCUGGGGUACCGCUGGCGCGGCAAGGGCUGGUUGGUCAUUGCGAGUUCGCAGUGGGAGAUCCUAGGUUACGGCGAGGAGAAGGCGGCAGAUUGCGUCGAGGGUGGUAAUCAGUGGGUAGUGACGCAUUUCGCCAAGACGCUCUUCACGCCGGCAGGCCUGGAUAUCUACUCUCGAAAGGGGCAAUUGUCACCCGAGACGAUUGAGGGGAUCAAGGCGGCUUUGGAGGGGUUGGGUGGUGAGGUCGCUGCGUUGGCGGGCAAGAUGUUUGCCGUUGCUUUCGAUGGGGAGGGAGAGGGCUAGUCGUUGAGGAUACUCACGCUUGGUGUUGAACACCACCCGAGUCUUGCGGGCGAAGCUUCAUCACUGGGAACUGGUCC